UACAACGAACAGAGUAUUGUCAAAAAGCUACGCGAUUCCUCACUUCAAAUCAUAUUUAUAAUGAUGACAUAACAGAUCAAGUAUCAUGUAAAAGACGUGUGCCUGUACGAAAUUAAUAUCUGUUACCGCUAUGGAUACGAAGACGGGUCGUCAGCCUAGUACCUUUUCAGGGAAAGUGAAGGCCUUGUUGAUGCGCGCAUGGAGGGAGCGCUGGACAGAUAUUCAGUGGGGUGUGCAGCUUAAGAAAGUCCUUGCCAGUACUGGAGGGGACCCCAAGGAUCUCCCAGAAAUUUUGGUUCAUCAGGCAUUGGUUGGACCUAAUCCAAACACCCUAAUUCUAUCCUUCCUAAAGUAUACCGUCCUGUCACAGGUUGUUCCCCCUAGUGCAGCGUUCAACCUCAUCACCAGUUUUGAUGACCUGUCUAAACCAUUCUGUACACUUGGCCUGAUUGACUUAGCAGAAGCAUUUGCCUGCAAUCUGAGUUUCACCUGUAGCUUGGACAGUAGUCUUACAUUGUGCAAGUGUUUACAGAACACACUACACUGGCUGAUGUUGUGUAUUCACCAGUCCUUACAGAUGAUAAAGGAGGGACACUCUCCCCCAGAAAUCCUUACUAUCAUUGACAGUGCCAGUGUAGCCGCGCAAAAGAUUGGAGAUAACACUACAGUACAAGCUUUGUUGUAUGUGGCCAUGUCUGAGGACACAGAUAAAUUUCACGACUUUGAGCAGACAAAAGUGAAUGUCCAGGGUACUUUGAGUCAGCUUCAGUCAGACGUUGUGCCCAGUCAGACUCGCUUGAAGGUAGCAUCAGCUCUCAAGUCACUCCUAAAAGUGCAGGAUCUUGCCCUACCAACACAGUCUGUGCUGGAUGUAUCUCACCUUGCAAUCUGUCCAACUAUUAAUGGGCUGGUAUCCCUAGAAGCCAUCCUCAAUCCUACCAGUGACAUACAGCCAUUUGUGGAGCAGUUGUGUGUCACAGAGAAACUCCUGAAAUUGAAUCGCUCCUACCUGUACUGUGAACUGUUUCGUGCCUGUUUUAUGGGGCUCGUGGACUCUGCAGACAGCCAGGAGGAACUGAAGUGGGCAGCAUUUACAUAUCUUAAGCUACCACAGGUUCUACUGAAGUUUAAUCAGCAGGCUCCCGGACAGGAUUUUGGAAAGGAGCUAGAACAAGGGUUUGAUCUUCUACUCAACUCUGUCCCUCUCUUAGACCUCACCGACGUCCGUCUCAACUGUGAAGCUUUGCUACAACUGAUUCAUGUGUGUAUGAAGUAUGACCUGCUGUCACAGCCACAGAUAGAGCGUCUACUCACUCGCAGACGAAAUGAAUCGGCAAAACCAGCGAAGAAUGCACAACCUUCCACUCAACCUAGCGCAAGUCUUAUCCUGCGGGCAGAGAGCACCGUCACUAGUAUACUCAAGACACUGGACGCUGACUGUUCUAAAAACCAGGAUGCACUGAUGGGUGUGCUAUGUCAGAUGUUAUCAGGGAAGAGUUUUGAACUCAUCUUAGCUGCAGCUGCUGCAACUGGAGAGUUGCAAAGUUUCGCAACCAAACUCAUCAAGAUUAAUGAGUUUGCAAAGCAGACCCAAGGUGAAGCUGGGAAGGCAGCACAGACUCGUGUCCUGUUAUUUGACAUCUCCUUUCUCAUGCUCUGUCACAUCACUCAGCUCCACGGCAUAGAGAUUUUUUCACAGAUGAUAUCGGUGUCGCCGGAGUACGCUGACUCUUUCUUCAUUCAAUGGGCCCAGCGGUGUCUCCCUGAAGAUGGACGAUACAAAUGUGUGGACAAUUACAGUGGGACUGACCAAGCAAAAGUUGACCUCCUUCUCAGCCAGCUUACAAGAGGUGAUGAGAUCAAACAGAGUUUAACAAGAUGGCAUGAAAUCUGCCUGAAUGCUCCAUUUGCCAUACAAGAAGUGUUAUUUGCCUGGGAGCAUGGAGCUUUGGGAUCAGAUAAUGUCAAGGUUAUUUUAGAGAGGAGUCAGAGUCGUAUGUGUAGUAUACCUGUAGUGAUGUCUGCCUGGCUGUGUAGCUAUAUGAAUACCGUUGGAGAUGAUGCAAGGGAGAAACCUUUACAGAUGCUGCAGAGGCUUCAGGUCAAGAUAAGUUCACCUGACCCAGAAAUCUACUAUGUAGAGAGAUCACAUUUGAUGGGAAUCAUACUUAGAAAGAUGGUAAAUGAUAUUCUACCAACACAUCUGAAGGACAUGUCCAUGCAGUUUAUCCCUCCUAAUGCCAUACCUAGUGAAGUGAUGGAGAAAUGCUUACAAGGAGUAAUGGCCAAGGGCUGGAUAGAUCUGAGGAGUGUACACACCCUGGAACAACUUCUCAACCUGUGUGGCUCAGACUGGUUCUGUGAUCGAGCAAUUAUGCACAUGUUGAACAGCAGUCGACUUGAGGACUUGACCCAGGCACUCAGCCUCCUGUUUGCCGUGUUUCACUUAGACUUGGAGCACAUCACACUGAGCUUACUUCUCCACACGGUACCUAAAUUACUGCAGUCUGCUGACAAACAGCAAUUCCUGACUGACCCGCGGGGUUAUGUCCUAGCCAAGACCUGUGUCCUGUGUAUUGUGGCUGCACAGACUGCACGCAGUGUAGCAAGCAAAGCAUCCAUGUCCCAUAUAAGGCGAGGUUACAACAAACGGUCACGGAAGGAGAUGGAGCUAGAGAGCCUGGAUGAACAAGAUACUCGCCCAUUGAAGAGAAUGAAGACCAUGGAACCGCAGCUGACUCUAGACUCGGAAGGAUUUAAUCUUGAUUUUCUAACUGCUAAGGACGAUGGGGAAGCAUCCCCUAUCAUAGAUACAAAAGAUCCACUGAACAAGGCAUUAGCUAACUUAAUGCGACUGAUGAAUGCCAUUGCCCAUAGUGCUACCAUAAGUCAAAGAACCAGCUUCAUUGUUGCAUUCAUAGAGGAAAGCAUUAAAUGUGGAGGACAGUAUUCACAGUUCAUCCUACAGUUUAUACCUCCACAAAUGCUGUCUCAGAUCAUGAAGAGUAUCCCAGGUGUGUUCAACAACCAGCAGAUUGUCCACAUCUGUGAUCUUGCCAACCCAACUGGUCGCAAAGUGGCGGCAAAGUGUGUCUGUCAGAACUCAAAAAUCCGAUCAGAAUGAGGUGACCGACUUGGGCUAAUGCAAGACCAAAGUGACGCUGCAAACUGCAGUAAAAGUGAGGCAUCAAUCUCUUUCCAGUGGACCCUAAUGAUUCCAACUUUAAUGUAAACAAAAGUGAAAGUGAAACCACAUGUGUGUACUUGUUCAAGCCUGGGUAAAACAACUUUCAUGCUGAUCUGGACUGAGGUUUAUUACUAAACAGUUAGAGUGUAUCUUCUCUUCCCCUGGAAAAGAAUAUUCAUGCAUUUAGAAGUGUGAGAUUUCCUUGUGUCUACCAAGGGUUGAGAUGAGAAUUCAAAACUAUGCCAUUACACCAACAAUUCAAAACAUGAGGACAACAAAAUCUCCUAGAAAGCCAGCAAAGUGAAAGGGAAGUAACCAUUCUCCCUCUGUUGGAAGAUAAAGGGUUGUUUACCCUCAGAGGAAAGAUUAUAAACUUUAUUUCUCAGACCUGAGUGAGGCUACAUCAUCAUGGACCAAAGUGAGGCUACAUCAUCAUGGACCAAAGUGAGGCUACAGGAUCUCAGACAGAUUAAUUGCACAUUAUUUCAGGCCAGAGUGAGGCUAUAUAAUCUCAGACCAAAGUGAGACUAUAUAAUCUCAUACAAGUAUGUGACCAAUCAGAGUGACACUAAGUUAACUUAGUCCAGAGUGAGACUAAAUAAUCUCAGACCAGAAUGAGGCUUCAUCAUCAUGGACCAAAGUGAGACUACAGGGUCUCAGACAGAUUAAUUGCACAUUAUUUCAGGCCAGAGUGAGACUAUAUAAUCCCAUACAAGAGCGAGACUAAAUAAUCUCAGAUCAGUGUGAGACUAUAUAAUCUCAGACCAGA